UGACCCGGCAGUGCAGUGGCUCUCGGUCCCCUCCUCCUGAGGCUGCUGCCGCUGCGACCGCUGCUCCUCCCGCCGCCGCUGAGCUCUUUCUUUCUCUAUUCCCCCCACCCCCAGAGGAGCGCGCCUCGUCUCGCCGCGGGGAGUCGGGGCUAGAAAGGCGCGCGCGCGGGUGGCUUUUCUCCAGAAUCUCUUGACUGCUUUUCAGGCCUAGGAAAAAGAGUUCAGAAACAUCAGCUGUGGCCAAAACUUGUUAGGAAACUUUGGCCUUAAUCUCAGAGAUGCCGGCUUAUCUAUAGGAGUUUCUUGGAACAGGAGUCAUGGUGGAUGUAGGAAAGUGGCCAAUAUUUACCCUGCUUUCACCUCAGGAGAUUGCUUCUAUCCGGAAAGCAUGUGUCUUUGGCACAUCAGCUAAUGAAGCUAUCUAUGUUACCCAUAAUGAUGAGGUGUUUGUAUUUGGACUGAACUGUAGUAACUGUCUGGGGACAGGGGAUAAUCAGAGCACUAUUGUACCCAAAAAGCUGGAGGCAUUGUGUGGAAAGAAGAUUAAAAGCCUUAGUUAUGGAAGUGGACCACAUGUUCUUCUCAGCACUGAAGAUGGAAUGGUUUAUGCCUGGGGUCACAAUGGAUAUAGCCAGCUUGGCAAUGGAACAACCAACCAAGGCAUUGCUCCAAUUCAAGUUUGUACCAAUCUCUUGAUUAAGCAAGUGGUAGAAGUUGCUUGUGGUUCACAUCAUUCUAUGGCCCUGGCAGCUGAUGGAGAGGUUUAUGCUUGGGGUUAUAAUAACUGCGGUCAAGUGGGAUCUGGAUCUACAGCAAAUCAACCAACUCCUAGGAAAGUUACAAACUGUUUACACAUUAAGAGGGUCGUGAGCAUAGCAUGUGGCCAGACUUCUUCUAUGGCUGUAUUGGACAAUGGCGAGGUAUAUGGCUGGGGUUAUAAUGGCAAUGGUCAGUUAGGCCUGGGAAAUAACGGCAAUCAGCUGACCCCUUGUCGAGUAGCAGCUUUACACAGUGUGUGUGUUCUUCAGAUUGUCUGCGGCUAUGCACACACACUAGCACUAACAGAUGAGGGCUUGCUGUAUGCCUGGGGAGCUAACACUUAUGGGCAGCUAGGAACUGGCAAUAAAAGUAACCUGCUAAGCCCAGCACAGAUCAUGGUGGAAAAAGAAAGGGUGGUAGAGAUCGCAGCCUGUCAUUCUGCACAUACAUCUGCUGCCAAGACCCAGGGUGGCCAUGUGUAUAUGUGGGGCCAGUGUCGAGGCCAGUCAGUGAUUCUUCCUCACCUCACCCACUUUUCCUGCACAGACGAUGUAUUUGCCUGCUUUGCCACUCCUGCUGUAACAUGGCGCCUUCUCUCCGUAGAGCAUGAAGACUUUCUAACAGUUGCAGAGUCAUUGAAGAAAGAGUUUGAUAGUCCAGACACUGCAGAUUUGAAGUUUCGAGUGGAUGGAAAAUACAUUCAUGUCCAUAAAGCUGUUUUAAAAAUCCGGUGCGAACAUUUCCGAACUAUGUUCCAGUCUUAUUGGAAUGAGGACAUGAAAGAGGUGAUAGAAAUAGACCAGUUUUCUUACCCAGUGUAUUGUGCCUUUCUCCAGUACCUUUACACAGACACAGUUGACUUGCCACCUGAAGAUGCUAUAGGUCUUUUGGAUUUGGCUACAUCUUACUGUGAAAAUAGAUUGAAAAAACUUUGUCAGCACAUCAUCAAACGAGGGAUUACUGUGGAGAAUGCCUUUUCGUUGCUCUCUGCUGCAGUCAGAUAUGAUGCAGAGGAUUUAGAAGAAUUCUGCUUUAAGUUUUGCGUCAAUCAUUUGACAGAAGUUACACAGACUGCAGCAUUUUGGCAAAUGGAUGGCCGUCUACUAAAGGAAUUCAUUGCUAAGGCCAGUAAAUGUGGAGCCUUUAAGAACUGAAGCAUAUGUCUGUGAGUGAGUGAGAGUGUGAGA